ACGUCUCAGUACGAGAUGCUGCAUGUGACCCCCCCGAUGUACGCCCCAGAGGUGCUGAGAACGUGCGAAAAGUUGGUGGACCAGGAAGGGUACUUGGACGUGGAUAAAAACACCCUCCAGCAUAAAAAGUACCCGAACAUCUUCGGCGUCGGAGAUUGCACCAACAUCCCUACUGCGAAGACGGCCGCCGCGAUAUCCGAGCAGUUGCGCGUGUUGAAGAUGAACCUGUUCCUCCAAAUGGAAGGGAAGCCUCUGAAACCCCUCUACGACGGAUAUUCUUCCUGCCCGCUGCUCGUCGGGUUCGACAAGUGCAUCUUGGCCGAGUUCGAUUUCGACGGGGAACCGCUGGAGACGUUCCCGGUGGACCAAGGAAGCCCGAGACGGUUCCCGUUCCUUCUUAAGAGGGAUUUCAUGCCGCAUCUCUACUGGCUGGCGCUUCUCACGUAUGACGGGAUUCUGGGACGGGCCGGGUCGGUACAGGAAGAUGAUGCAUCUGGGUAUGGGUCGCUGACGGGCUACAACGAAGACGGUGCUCAUAUCAUCUUCGCCUCGAUUUCUCCUCAAAUGCUUUGGGAUGUGGUCUUUCAUUGUAAUUGCAGGGGCUUCGGUCCUUUGGGUCGUCUGGCGCUCGGAGCUCGGUAAAUGAUCGAAUUGUGUUGCUGGAAGUGG